AUGUCGGAUAACGAAAUCUGCUCCCCAAUAGAGGAAACCACCCGUGAAACCGUGGGGGAUCAAGAGGUAGCAGAACAUGAAAACGGAAGCGCCGGGUUCCCUUAUUCAGUUGACUCUGAGAUGCGAACCGUUUUCUCAGAUCCGGUGAAUUUUAACGUGAAACACCCAUUGUAUAAUCAGUGGACGUUAUGGUUCGAUAACCCAGGCAAGAAAGCUAGCUCGACGAAUUGGUCUCAAAAUUUAAAAAAUCUGAUCACCUUCGAUUCGGUAGAAGAGUUUUGGGGUGUUUACAACAACGUCGUCAAGGCUAGCGAACUUAACUCCGGUUCUAAUUACCAUCUUUUUAAAUCUGGUAUAAAACCUAUGUGGGAAGACCCGGUGAACGAGAAUGGCGGAAAAUGGGUCAUUCAGUUCCCUCGGAACAAAACUGGCGAAGAUAUCAACAAUCUUUGGCUUUAUACAAUGCUUGCGUGCAUUGGUGAAUCAUUUGACUAUCCGGAUGAAAUUUGCGGUGCCGUGGUUUCCGUCCGUAAAAUUUUUUACAGAAUCUCCCUUUGGACACGUACAUCGAACGAUAGAGAAGUCUGUGAGACUCUUGGGCGUCAAUUGAAGGCGACCUUGGGUCUGGGUCAAAAUCAACAACUUGAGUUCCAAUCACAUUCCGAUUCUGCAAAGUCCGGCCUACACAAAGAACGUUUCCUUGUAUAG